AUGGGGUCAGAAAUGGAGGCAGCACCCGUACUAUCAACCCCCGACGAUCGAAUCCUCGAAGAAAGGGAGCCCGUAGCCGUGAGCACAGGGUCGCAACCAAUCUCCGAUGACGAACUCUCCAUCACCUACGACAUCGAGCGCACACUGAAGGAGAUCCGUGAUGCACGAUACAAGCGCAUUGCACUUCAGUUCCCUGAUGAUAUGCUCCCGGAUGCGCCUCGGAUUUUCCAAUUGCUGAGCCGUGGCCUCAUCUCCGAAGUUAACAUCAAAUCAAAUGACAAUACCGAGGCAGGAACCAUCACCGAGUCUGUUGCUCAACUAUCUGUGGAUCAUACGGAGAAGUGGUCUCCUCGUCUUUAUAUUCUGGCCGACACCUCGUACGGGACCUGCUGUGUCGAUGAGGUAGCCGCGGAGCAUGUGGAUGCAGACAUCGUGGUACACUACGGAAGAUCUUGCCUUUCGCCAACAGCAAGACUGCCAGUGAUCCAUGUCUUUACCCGCAAACCUCUGAACUUGAACCCGGUUGUGAAUGCCUUUAAAGCGACCUAUUCUGACCUGACCACCAAGGUCAUCAUCGGGGCAGAUGUCACAUUCAUCGAUUAUGUGGCUAUGCUACACGAUCGCCUGGUCGAGGAUGGAUAUACCAAUCUGUUCGCUACAAAGCUGCUCCAUGAACCCUCUUCACCUAUUCCCAAUCGUACAGUCCCCGAGUCUGUUAGUGAAGCACCGGAGACCUUGUCAGACUGGCAACUGUUCCACAUCUCCGACCCACCGACUGCUCUUCUGUUAACUCUUGCAUCUCGUGUUGCUGCCAUUCAUAUUUAUCCUACAAACAACCCGGGCAACGGCGAUGUCAAGCCACUACCAGCAUCCACAGCUGCAGCCUUGCGGCGACGCUAUGCCCUGUUGACAUCUUUGACCACGGUUCCCAUCUGGGGAAUUUUGAUCAACACCUUGAGUGUGAAGAACUACCUACACAUCGUGGAGCAUGUCAAGGAACGAAUUGCGUCAGCAGGAAAGAAAAGCUACAUGUUUGUCGUCGGCAAACUGAACGCUGCCAAGAUUGCCAACUUCAGCGAGAUUGGUGGUUGGGUAGUCAUUGGCUGCUGGGAGAGCUCACUUGUUGAUAGCAAGGACUUCUGGAAGCCCGUUAUUACUCCAUUCGAACUAGAGCUAGCCCUGAAGAGCGAUGCAGAGCGGCUGUGGACAGGAGCAUGGCAGAGUGAUUUCCAGGCUAUCCUUGAUCAGCCCGCUGAAGAGAAGAGCGAUGAACAGAAGAUGUCAAAUGACAAUGCAGAGUAUGAUGAGGGCGAUAUGUCAGAACCUGAGUCUGCACCUCCAGAGUUUGACUUGCGUACUGGGCGUUAUGUUUCGCAUUCACGGCCCAUGCGCGAUACUACACCAUCGGUUUCUCAGGUUGAUGGAUCUUCUAAGCCAUCUGCUGCUAGGGCUUUGGCUCGGAGGACUAAGGGUGAUAUUGCAAUGAUUGGUAACUCUAUAUCUCCAGCGGCGGAAUUCCUCAAGUCGCAGCGCACAUGGAAGGGACUUGGAAGUGACUUCGAUAUCCGAUAUGAUGAUGAGGACGGGGAUGAUAGCACAUUGGUCAAAGAAGGGCGCAAGGGUAUUGCUAGGGGGAUACACUGCCGGUGGCUCAGAUGA